AUGUAAUAGUAUUAAGAUAACUUAAACUUCUAGAAAGGUAUAUGAAUAUCUUUAUUAAAAGCUUUCAUGUAAAAUUUUGGCUAGCUUUUAAGAUAUAACAAUUUAUUAAGAUAAAUCAAAUUAUAAAGUGGACAAACAAUUAUUAAUGUAGAUAAGUGUCUUCAAAUGAAAGUGAAUAACAAAUUAUACAAAGGAUUAAAAAUUGGGAAAGAGAAAGUUAGUGAUCCUUUCUAGAGGCAUAAUAAUUCCACCUGUUUUUAUAAUUAAGGUUUAUUGUAAAUAAAAUAUAUCUUAGCAAAAGCUUUAAUUUUUUAAUUAUUGUUUAAAAAAAUAGAAAAAGUUAAUACAGUUGAAGAGAAAGAGGCGUAUUAUGAUUCAUAUAUUCAGAAAAACCCUGAAAUCGGUGACGAUUAUAUAACGAAAGGUAUAAAUUAAAAAGUAUGUUUUCUUAGCUAGUGCAUUAUUUAAAAUGAAUAGAUUUGAAGAAGCAUUGGAGUAUUUUAAUUAAGCUAUUCAGAAAAAUCCAGAAAAUGCAGAGUAUUAUAAAUGCAAAGGUAUAAAUUAAUGAUGUAUUUUUUCUUAGCGAUUGCCUUAGAAUAGAUGAAUAGAUUUGAAGAAGCAUUGGAAUUGUAUGAUUAAGCUAUUAAGAAAAACCCAAAAAAGGCAGAUUAUUAUAAUGACAAAGGUAUAAUAUAUAGAUGUAUAAUUUCUUAGCAAUUGCCUUAGAAUAGAUGAAUAGAUUUGAAGAAGCAUUGGAGUAUUUUGAUUCAGCUAUUCAGAAAAACCCAGAAGAUGCAGAUUUUUAUAAUGGAAAAGGUAGAAUAUAAUGAUUAUAUUUUCUUAGCGAUUGUUUUAUUCAAAAUGAAUAGAUUUGAAGAAGCAUUGGAGUAUUUUAAUUAAGCUAUUCAGAAAAAUCCAGAAAAUGCAGAGUAUUAUAAAUGUAAAGGUAUAAUAAAAUAAUGAUGUAUAUUUUCUUAGCGAAUGCUUUAAAGAAAAUGAAGAGAUUUGAAGAAGCAUUGGAGAAUUAUAAUUCAGCUAUUCAGAAAAACCCAGAAAAAGCAGAUCAUUUUUAUGGCAAAGGUAUAUAUAUUAAUGAUGUAUAUUUUCUUAGCGAUUACCUUAGAAUAGAUGAAUAGAUUUGAUGAAGCAUUAAAGUAUUAUGAUUCAGCUAUUCAAAAAAACUCAGAAAAGGCAGAUUAUUAUUAUAGUAAAGGUAUAAAAUAAUGAUGUAUAUUCUAAGCGAUUACCUUAAAGAAAUUGAAUAGAUUAGAAGAAGCAUUGGAGUAUUAUAAUUUAGCGAUUCAGAAAAACCCAGAAAAAGCAGAUCAUUUUUAUGGAAAAGGUAUAUAUUAAUUAAGUAUAUUUUCUAAGCGAUUGCCUUAGAAUAGAUGAAUAGAUUUGAUGAAGCAUUGGAGUAUUUUGAUUCAGCUAUUCAGAAAAACCCAGAGAAAGCAGAUUAUUAUUAUAACAAAGGUAUAAAUUAAUGAUGAUUAUUUUCUUAGCACUUGCCUUAUUCAAGAUGAAUAGACUUGUAUAAGCAUUGAAGUAUUAUAAUUCAGCUAUUCAGUAAAACCCCAAAAAGGCAGACUAUUAUAAUGGAAAAGGUAUAAUAUAAUUAUGUAUGUUUUCUUAGCGAUUACGUUAGAAAAGAUGAAUAGAUUUGAAGAAGCAUUGGAGUAUUAUGAUUUAGCUAUUCAGAAAAACUCAGAAGAUGCAAAUUUUUAUUAUGGAAAAGGUAGAAUAUUAUUAUGUAUAUUUUGUUAGCGAUUGCCUUAUUCAAGAUGAAUAGAUUUAAAGAAGCAUUGGAGUAUUAUGAUUCAGCUAUUUAGAUAAACCCAGAAGAUGGAGAUUAUUAUAAAUGCAAAGGUAUAAAUUAAUGAUGUAUAUUGUCUUAGCGAUUGCGUUAUUCAAGAUGAAUAGAUUUGUAGAAGCAUUGGAGUAUUAUAAUUUAGCUAUUCAGAAAAACCCAUAAAAAGCAGAUAAUAUAAUUGGCAAAGGUAUACAUUAAUAAUGUAUAUUAACUCAGCAAUUAUCUUACAGUAAAUGAAUAGAUUUGAAGAAUCAUUGAAGCAUUGUGAUUCAGCUAUUCAGAAAAAUCCAGAAAAUGCAGAGUAUUAUAAAUGCAAAGGUAUAAAAUAUGAUGUAUAUUUUUUAGCGAUUGCCUUAUUCAAGAUGAAUAGACUUGAAGAAGCAUUGGAUUAUUUUGAUUCAGCUAUUCAGAAAAACCCAGAAGAUGGAGAUUAUUAUAAAUGCAAAGGUAUAAAUUAAUGAUGUAUAUUUUAUUAGCGGCUGCCUUAGAAAAGAUGAAUAGAUUAGAUGAAGCAUUGUAGCAUUAUGAUUCAGCUAUACAGAAAUACCCAGAAAAGGCAGAUUUUUAUUAUGGAAAAGGUUGAAUAUAAUUAUGUAUUUUUUCUUAGCGAUUGUGUUAUUCAAGAUGAAUAGAUUUAUAGAAGCAUUGGAGUAUUAUGAUUUAGCUAUUCAGAAUAACCCUGAAGAUGUAGAAUAUUAUUAUGGAAAAGGUAUAAAUUAAUAAUGUAUAUUUUCUUAGCGAUUGCCUUGGCAAAGAUAGAUAGAUUUUAAGAAGCUUUGUAAUAUUUUGAUAUAGCUAUUCAGAAAAAUCCAGAAAAGGCAGAUUAUUUUAAUGGAAAAGGUAUAAAUAAAUGAUUUAUAUUUUCUUAGCGACUACCUUACGUUCUAUGAAUAGAUUUGAGGAAGCUUUGGAAUAUUAUGAUUUGGUUAUUCAGAAAAACCCAGAAAAAGCAGAUCAUUUUUAUGGCAAAGGUAUAAAUUAAUGAUGUUAAUUUUCUUAGCGAUUGCCUUACAAGAGAUGAAUAGACUUGAAGAAGCAUUGGAUUAUUUCGAUUUAGCCCUUCAGAAAAAUCCAGAAGAUGAAGAUUAUUAUAAAUGCAAAGGUAUAAAUUAAUUAUGUAUAUUUGCUUAGCGAUUGCUUUAGCAAAGAUGAAUAGAUUUGAAGAAGCAUUGGAGUAUUUUGAUUCAGCUAUUCAGAGAAACCCAGAAGAUGGAGAUUAUUAUAAAUGCAAAGGUAUAAAUUAAUUAUUUAUAUUUUCUUAGCGCUUGCCUUAGAAUAGUUGAAUAGAUUUGAAGAAUCUUUGGAAUAUUAUGAUUCAGCUAUUCAGAAAAACCCAGAAAUGGCAGAAUAUUAUUAUGGCAAAGGUAGAAAUUUAUGAUGUAUAUUUUCUUAGCGAAUAUCUUAAAGAAAAUGAAUAGAUUUGAAGAAGCUUUGGAUUAAUAUGACACAGCUAUACAGAAAAACCCAGAAAAUGCAGAUUAAUAUUAUGGCAAAGGUAUAAAUUAAUGAUGUUUAUUUUCUUAGCGAAUGCCUUACGUUCCAUUAAUAGAUUUGAAGAAGCUUUGGAAUAUUAUGAUUCAGCUAUUUAUAAAAACCCAGAAAUAGCAGACUAUUAUAAUGGCAAAGGUAUAAAUUUAAUGUUAUAUAUUUUCUUAGCGAUUACCUUACAAUAGAUAAAUAGAUUUGAAGAAGCAUUAGAAUAUUUUGAUUCAGCUAUUCAGAAAAACCCAGAAAAUUCUGAUAAUUAUUUUGGCAAAGGUAUAAAUUCAUGAUGUUUAUUUUCUUAGCGAUUGCCUUCCGUUUCAUGAAUAGAUUUGAAGAAGCUUUGGAAUAUUAUGAUUCAGCUAUUCAGAAAAAUCCAGAAAAGGCUGAUUAUUAUAAUGGCAAAGGUAUAAAUUAAUGAUGUUUAUUUUCUUAGCGAUUGCCUUACGUUCCAUUAAUAGAUUUGAAGAAGCUUUGGAAUAUUAUGAUUCAGCUAUUCAGAAAAAUCCAGAAAAGGCUGAUUAUUAUAAUGGCAAAGGUAUAAAUUAAUGAUGUUUAUUUUCUUAGCGAUUGCCUUACGUUCCAUUAAUAGAUUUGAAGAAGCUUUGGAAUAUUAUGAUUCAGCUAUUCAGAAAAAUCCAGAAAAGGCUGAUUAUUAUAAUGGCAAAGGUAUAAAUUAAUGAUGUUUAUUUUCUUAGCGAUUGCCUUACGUUCCAUUAAUAGAUUUGAAGAAGCUUUGGAAUAUUAUGAUUCAGCUAUUCAGAAAAAUCCAGAAAAGGCUGAUUAUUAUAAUGGCAAAGGUAUAAAUUAAUGAUGUUUAUUUUCUUAGCGAUUGCCUUACGUUCCAUUAAUAGAUUUGAAGAAGCUUUGGAAUAUUAUGAUUCAGCUAUUCAGAAAAAUCCAGAAAAGGCUGAUUAUUAUAAUGGCAAAGGUAUAAAUUAAUGAUGUUUAUUUUCUUAGCGAUUGCCUUACGUUCCAUUAAUAGAUUUGAAGAAGCUUUGGAAUAUUAUGAUUCAGCUAUUCAGAAAAAUCCAGAAAAGGCUGAUUAUUAUAAUGGCAAAGGUAUAAAUUAAUGAUGUUUAUUUUCUUAGCGAUUGCCUUACGUUCCAUUAAUAGAUUUGAAGAAGCUUUGGAAUAUUAUGAUUCAGCUAUUCAGAAAAAUCCAGAAAAGGCUGAUUAUUAUAAUGGCAAAGGUAUAAAUUAAUGAUGUUUAUUUUCUUAGCGAUUGCCUUACGUUCCAUUAAUAGAUUUGAAGAAGCUUUGGAAUAUUAUGAUUCAGCUAUUCAGAAAAAUCCAGAAAAGGCUGAUUAUUAUAAUGGCAAAGGUAUAAAUUAAUGAUGUUUAUUUUCUUAGCGAUUGCCUUACGUUCCAUUAAUAGAUUUGAAGAAGCUUUGGAAUAUUAUGAUUCAGCUAUUCAGAAAAAUCCAGAAAAGGCUGAUUAUUAUAAUGGCAAAGGUAUAAAUUAAUGAUGUUUAUUUUCUUAGCGAUUGCCUUACGUUCCAUUAAUAGAUUUGAAGAAGCUUUGGAAUAUUAUGAUUCAGCUAUUCAGAAAAAUCCAGAAAAGGCUGAUUAUUAUAAUGGCAAAGGUAUAAAUUAAUGAUGUUUAUUUUCUUAGCGAUUGCCUUACGUUCCAUUAAUAGAUUUGAAGAAGCUUUGGAAUAUUAUGAUUCAGCUAUUCAGAAAAAUCCAGAAAAGGCUGAUUAUUAUAAUGGCAAAGGUAUAAAUUAAUGAUGUUUAUUUUCUUAGCGAAUGCCUUACGUUCCAUUAAUAGAUUUGAAGAAGCUUUGGAAUAUUAUGAUUCAGCUAUUUAUAAAAACCCAGAAAUAGCAGACUAUUAUAAUGGCAAAGGUAUAAAUUUAAUGUUAUAUAUUUUCUUAGCGAUUACCUUACAAUAGAUAAAUAGAUUUGAAGAAGCAUUAGAAUAUUUUGAUUCAGCUAUUCAGAAAAACCCAGAAAAUUCUGAUAAUUAUUUUGGCAAAGGUAUAAAUUCAUGAUGUUUAUUUUCUUAGCGAUUGCCUUCCGUUUCAUGAAUAGAUUUGAAGAAGCUUUGGAAUAUUAUGAUUCAGCUAUUCAGAAAAAUCCAGAAAAGGCUGAUUAUUAUAAUGGCAAAGGUAUAAAUUAAUGAUGUUUAUUUUCUUAGCGAUUGCCUUACGUUCCAUUAAUAGAUUUGAAGAAGCUUUGGAAUAUUAUGAUUCAGCUAUUCAGAAAAAUCCAGAAAAGGCUGAUUAUUAUAAUGGCAAAGGUAUAAUAUAAUGAUGUAUAUUUUCUUAGCGAUUACUUUACGUUUCAUGAAUAGAUUUGCAGAAGCUUUGGAUUAUUAUGAUUUAGCUAUUCAAAACAAUCCAGAAAAUGCAGAGUACUAUAAAUGCAAAGGUAUAAAUUAAUGAUGUAUAUUUUCUUAGCGAUUGCCUUAUAAUAGAUGAAUAGAUUUGAAGAAGCAUUGUAAUAUUUUGAUUAAGCUAUUCAGAAAAACCCAGAAAAUGCUGAUAAUUUUUUUGGUAAAGGUAUAAAUUCUUGAUGAAAAUUUUCUUAGCGAUUACCUUACAUUAAAUGAAUAGAUUUGAAGAAGCAUUGGAGUAUUAUGAUUUAGCCAUUCAGCAAAACCCAAAAAAUGUAGAGUAUUAUAAAUGUAAAGGUAUAUAUUAAUAAAGUAUAUUAUUUUAGCGCUUAUCUUAGAGAACAUGAAUAGAUUUGAAGAAGCAUUGGAGUAAUAUGAUUUAGUUAUUCAGAAAAGCCCAUUAAAUUAAGAAUGUUUGAAUAAUACAGGUAUAUUUAACAAAUUAAGUCUUCUAGAGUUAUCUGAAAAAUCAUUUUGUGAAAUACAAUAACCAUUAUUAUUCUAAGAUUUCAAUUUUGAAUCUAUACAACCUAGUAAGGAUUGA